GAUCCUCGCCGGUAUUUUCGUGUUUGGUUAGUUUGAUAUGUGAAAUCAUCACGGAGAGGUUAAUUAUUAUCGAAAUUUCAAGUGAAAAAUAUGGAAUGCAGUGAUUUACUCAAUUGUGCCAUUAGAGUGAAACAGGAGUCUAAUCAUGUGUCGCUUGUUGAAAAUGAUAGUGAAAUGAUUGACGAGAAGCCCGAUCUUAGAAACUUUCAACUGGUAUCAUUUUCACCAGAAAAUUCGAACCAUACGCUUCAAAAAUGUGAAGAAAAUCAUGGAAGUGAACUUGAUGACGAAGUGGAAAUAGUUGUUGAAUGUGAAGACGUCAAGCCCAACUUUGAUUUAUUAGCAGUGAAGAAAAUUGACGAUUAUUCUCCAAAUCACUUGCGGAAUGUAAUUGAUAGUGAUGAUAAAACUCUAAACAUUAUUAAAAUAGAACCCCCUGGGGAAGUGAAAAAAGAAAUUAUUUGUGACGUUACUGAAGAAUCAAAUUUGAAACUUGAGUGUGAACUCAUUGAACGAGAUAAAAAAAACAGAAAUACAAAAAAGGCCGACGAUCAAUAUAAACUCAAAGCACAGGUGGAUACGAUGCCUAGCAGAAGCAUCCACACAUGUAAAACAUGCGGAAAAACAUUUACACAUAAAAUUAAUCUUAAAAUCCAUAUUGAUUCGGCGCACAAAGAUGUCGCGAAUACGUGCACUGUAUGUAGAAAAAAAUUCACAUCUAAAGGUAAUCUUAAGGCUCACGUGAAUAACGUGCACAAUCGUACAAGAUAUGAAUGCGAUGUAUGUGCAAAGACAUUUUCACAAAAUAAUUAUCUCAAAACACACAUCGCUUCAGUUCAUAAUAAACUCGCAUUAAAAUGCGAUAUAUGUCACAAGACAUUCGCAACAAAAUGUAAUCUCCGAAACCACAUCACAUUUGUGCAUGAUAAAAUCAGUCAUAGAUGUGACACUUGCGGAAAAACGUUUACACGAAGAGGUGAACUCAAAAUUCACAUAGAUGAGUUGCAUAAUGGUAUCACCCAUACAUGUGACACAUGCGGAAAAAAGUGCAAAUAUAAGAGCAAUCUUAAAAUCCACAUCGAUCGGUUUCAUAAUGGUAUCACCCAUAUGUGUGACACGUGCGGACAAAAGUUCAAGUAUAAGAGCUAUCUCAAAGUCCACAUUGAUGUGAUGCACAAUGAUUUCGCAUAUACGUGUGAUAUUUGCGAGAAAAAAUUCACAACUAAAAGUAAUCUUAAGGCCCACGUGAAUAACGUGCACAAUCGUAUCAGAUAUGCAUGCGAUGUAUGUGCAAAGACAUUUUCACAAAAUAAUUAUCUCAAAACACACAUCGCUUCAGUUCAUAAUAAACUUGCACCAAAAUGUGAUAUAUGUUACAACACAUUUUCAACAAAGAGUAACCUCAAAGUCCACAUUAGUGCGGUACAUAAUAAAAUCACUCAUAGAUGUGACACUUGCGGAAAAACGUUUACACAAAGAGGUAAACUCAAAUGUCACAUAGAUGAGUUGCAUAAUGGUAUCACCCACAUGUGUGAUACAUGCGGAAAAAACUUCAAGUAUAAGAGCAGUCUUAAAAAUCACAUCGAUCAGAUUCAUAAUGGUAUCACCCAUUUGUGUGACACAUGCGGAAAAAAGUUCAAGUGUAAGAGCAGUCUCAAAGUCCACAUCGAUGCGAUGCAUAACGGUGUCACACAUACGUGUGAUACAUGUGGAAAGAUAUUCAGAUUUAAAUCAAGGCUCAAAGUCCAUAUUGAUUCGGUGCAUCACUCAGACAUUACAACUUAAUGAACGUAUACAAUUAAAUGUACAAUGUUCGAAAG